UUCCAUUUUGUGGCUCUGCCAUUCCCAGGGGGGAGAGAGGGCCACAUCACAAGGAACGCUUUCAAGGUCUGGAAGUGGCGGUAUCACUUUUGCUCACAUUCCAUUGGACAGAAUUCAGUCACGUGGUGGCCUCAGUGCAAAGGAGGCUGGGAAAUGUAGUUUAGCUGUGUGCCGAGGAGGAAAAAGAGAAACAGUCCCACCGCACAGAGGGAACACCGAAAUGUGAGGUUGGAUGUAGGAAGAAAGACUUGGAAGAGACAGAAAAGAGCCUUUAAGAGAGAAACCGGGAUAAAAAUGGCAUCUAGGAGAAAAUAGUUUGGGGGCCUGGACGAGAUUGAAGCAAGCAAGGUUCCAGGUGCAAGGUGGACCUUGGGAAGAGGAGUUAAAGGAAAGGAAGUGUUGAUUUUCUACCCUGUCACUCACAGAGUUUUCUCACUUGAUUAUCAGUUGAACCCAUGAGGGAGGAAUUAUCCCAUUUUACAGCUAAGGAAACUGAGGUGCAGAAAAAGGUAAAAAGGUAUUCAAGAUCAGAAAGGAUGGAAUUGGGGUCUGAACCCAGGACUAAGGCCCAUGAUCCUCCCAGUGCACCCAUCAAAGGAGCCUUCCAGCUGACACCAGCAGCCUCACAGACUGCAAAAGCCUGGGUGUGUGGAGGGAACUGGGUCUUUGGUUCAGGGAAGAGAGGACUUGGAGUUAGACAAGCCAGAGUUCCUCCUGUGCUGUGUAGAAAGCGAAAGGAGAAGGUACAUCCAGCCCCCAGGGGUCCUGGGAGAGGGCAGGAAGGAGCUCCAGAGAACCAGAGAAGGGCUGGCUAGACCGGCCCCUUCCUCCUUCCUCUGGCAGCCCCACCCCCACUCUGGCCCCUGCGAACACAGGAUCUGAGCAGCGGACACACCAGCACUGCACCUCCGAGCCGGCAUGGACCCUGAAGGUCUGGCGCUGCUGCUGCCCCCCGCCACUCUGGCCGCCCUGGCAGAGAGCUGGCUCCGAGAGGACUGCCCCGGUCCCAACCACGCAGCCUUGGUCACGGGCGCAGCCCCCUCGCAGGCGGUGCUGUGGGCCAAGUCCCCCGGGGUACUGGCUGGGAGGCCCUUCUUCGAUGCCAUCUUUGCCAAAGUCAACUGCCAGGUCUCCUGGUUCCUCCCCGAGGGCGCAAAGCUGGUGCCCGUGGCCAGGGUGGCCGAGGUCCGGGGCCCCGCGCACUGCCUGCUGCUGGGGGAGCGGGUGGCCCUGAACACACUGGCCCGCUGCAGUGGGGUGGCCAGCGCCGCCGCCGCCGCCGUGGAGGCCGCCCGGGAGGCGGGCUGGGCCGGGCACGUGGCGGGCACGAGGAAGACCACGCCCGGCUUCCGGCUGGCUGAGAAGUACGGGCUCCUGGUGGGCGGGGCCGCCGCUCACCGCUACGACCUGGGAGGACUGGUGAUGGUGAAGGACAACCACGUGGUGGCGGCGGGCGGCGUGGAAAAGGCGGUGCGAGGGGCGCGGCAGGUGGCCGACUUUGCCCUGAAGGUGGAGGUGGAGUGCGGCAGUCUGCAGGAGGCUGUGGAGGCCGCUGAGGCGGGAGCGGACCUCGUCCUGCUGGACAACUUCAAGCCUGAGAUGAGAAAACAAGCAGAGAGAAGUAAAAUAACUGGCCCCAGGCAUCCGGCUUCUGAGGGGUCCAGCCUGUCUGUGCCCAUCCCCAGCACAUCAUACCACCCAUCUUCAUGCAUUUGCAGAACACAUCAAGGGCAAGAGCACAAGACCGAGCCUCAUGAGAUAUAUGAGGGAAACGAAAUCCGCUCAUAUUGUCAGAUGAAUUCUUCCCGACACAGCAAGAAUGACUGCAUCCUGGUGGAAUGACCUCUCCUCAUUCCCACUGUGAUAUUGUUGUAUCAAUAUUUGAUAUUGUUAAUUUGUUAUAUGUUCUGGAUGGUGAUUACUCUUGGUGAGGAGGAAAACAAAUACAGGAAACAAAGGAAAACACAAAGGGUUGCAAUUGAUCAAGCCAGUCAGUAAGAGGUAUGGAGGCUGAAGGCAAAAACACAGAGGUUAGAGGCUCCUGGCUGGCGUGACUCGA